AAACUAGACAGCUCCAUGGACGUUCUGCUUUCGCGCCACGGCCUCUCUCUGGUGAUGUUAUGAUCAGAAAUAUGGCGACUGCGGAACCGAAAAUCGACCCAUGUGAACGGCUUAAAGAAGAACACAAAGUAUGGAAACUGCAUCAUCCAAAGGGGUUCUCAGCUGAACCACGUAAAGAUGAAAAUGGUGUGACAAACUGGUUACUUUGGGACUGUGCCAUUCCUGGAAAAUCAAAGACACCAUGGGAAGGAGGUUUAUACAAAUUGAAAAUUAAAUUUAGUGGAAAUUAUCCUUUUGAGCCCCCUUCCUGCUAUUUUGACCCUCCAAUCCUCCAUCCAAAUGUAUUCCCAUCUGGAACUGUUUCUUUGUCAUUGCUGGACAGAAACAAAGGGUGGAAGCCACAGAUUACAGUGAAACAGGUUCUUCUUGGCAUUCAAAUGCUCUUAAAUGAACCAAACUUCCAGCAACCGGCACAAGCUGAAGCAUUUGCAUUGUAUGCGCAGAGUCAGUUGACAUAUGAAGACAAAAUUAAAGAACAGGCCUGCUUAAUGGCUGCAAAGUAGUCCUUCUGUGCACAUUCAGGUGAAGGGUCACAAAGCUACCUUCAGUCCUCAUCAAUUGUAACUUCCCCAUUCAUUCAAGACACUACACGACAGUAGACUUUCAGGUGACAAUUCUGGGUGAAAGUAUCGAAUGUGAAUUGACAAGAUAGAUAUUUUGUACGACUCAAGCUUUGUGUUGGGCUGGAUUAAUUAAAAAGAUUUAGCAAGGAUGCUUAUUUUGGGUUAAGUUGAAUGGAUCUCAAUUUUUAGUAUCAUUUCUAAAGUUCUAGCAAAAAAUAUGGUUUGGUUUGGGAAAGCCCUUUGAGAAAAUAAUCUGCACAAACAAAAAUGGUUAGUGUCAGUUUUUUCAAAUUUUAAAGUUUUUAAAAGUUGUUAAAACAGUUUUUCUACGUGAAUAAGUUGAGAUGUUAAAUUGCACAUAGUUGGUUUGAAAUCUAAAAGGAAGAUUGGGUUUCAUAGUAACAGGAUGGCUAACAAUGAAAGAUAUUGAUAACAAUAACUUUGUUUUUGCAUGGUUAUUUACUUUAAUCAGCUGUAACUAAAAACGUUGUUUGUAGUGAAGAUGAAUACAAAAUGGCCUAUAAUUUUUAUGGGAUCUCCUUCUGUCUUGAUGUAAAGGAUGACUAACCAUAUGAAACAGAAUUGAGGUUA